GUAAUGCACGUCUGAGGAAUUUUCGGAAGAACUGUUGCGAUAUUUUAAAUGUAAUUAUAUAAUCAUCAAAUAAGUGUUAAAGCUUAGUGCGCGUGAGCAAUCCGGUCAUCACGCAAACACGCAACUUAGUGCGCGUGCGUGUGUUUUUUUAAAGACACUGUAUCCGCUCGGUGAACGAGAUGAGUAUUGAUAUACUGUUGGAGGCGGCGAGAUAUCUGGAGUGGCAAGCCCAGCAACAGCAGAUUACACGUGAGGAGGAUGAGCGACGACAAAAGGCCCUCCUGUCCCGUGGAGCAGAACCCAAGCGUCCCGAAGUCACUGCCACAUUCAUCCAGCCAGCACAGAUCAACCACGUGACCUGGCUUGAAGAGCCACGAACAGAGCCUCACAACCACCAGCCACGCCCUCCAGCCCCUGCCCCUGCCCCAGCCCCUCCCCUGCCUCCACCCAUGCCCAUUGCAGUUAUCCCAAUCCCUGUGGUUCCUGCUAAUCCUGCAGCAUCAGCGCUCCAUACAGCCUCUCCGAUACCAGUGGUCACUCCUCUGUCUACAGCAUUAUCCCCUCCAGGCACUCCUUUACUCAGCUCUGUAGUGAAGGAAGAACACUCUCCCCAGCCGCAGCAUCUUCAGCAGUUUCAGAAUCGUCCCCUGGUCACCCAUGUGAAGGCAGAAGGCAGCACCUUGCCUCAGUCAGGCACCAGUCCCAAGCAAGAACCUCAGGCCCUGCUGCAGUCGUACACAGCCCCGGUCAUCACCCCCCAGCAUGCCCUGCUGGCCCAGCCCACUCUCGCACAGCCUCAGAGUCAUGUAUCGCAACCAGUCACAAUCAAGGCCAACGGUGCAGCCUUGGAGGACACCCGUGGUCUUGAGGGCAAAAGGCGACCCGGAGGAGCAGGAACCAGGGAGGUGCACAAUAAGCUAGAAAAGCAUAGACGUGCACACCUUAAGGAAUGCUUUGAGACCCUCAAGAGGAACGUCCCCAACGUGGACGAGAAGAAGACCUCCAACCUGAGUGUGCUUCGAAGCGCCCUGCGCUACAUCCAGACGCUAAAGCGUAAAGAGAAGGAUUACGAGCAUGAGAUGGAGAAGCUGGCGAGGGAGAAGAUUGCCACUCAGCAGAGGCUGGCCGAGCUGAAGAACGAUCUGAGCCAGUGCAUGGACAUCAUGGAGAUUGACCGCAUCCUCCGGCAGACGGUCCAGCCUGAAGACGACCAGGCGUCCACAUCAACAGCAUCAGAAGGCGAAGACAAUUUCGAACAGGACGCAGAAGAUGGAGCCCCGUCCUCGUCCCGCUCCUCAGCCCUGAGAUGUCAACCGACACCGUCUGAGCCACGUGGCCCUGUUCUUCCUCCCCCUUCGUCCAUCCUGCCGUCCCACAUCGCCAUCCAGCACAAACCGUCCACCCCUCCGCAGCCCCAGAACACGGCCAUCGCGCCUCAACCCAGUGUCAUCGCGCACGCUUCAGUCUCUCACGCCUCGGUCAUCCAGGCGGUUAAUCACGUGCUACCGGCUGUUUCCAAACCCAUCGGCCACAUCACCGUGCACCCGGUGACCCUUUACCCACAGCCGGUGGCCGUCUCGCAGCCUCCAGUGCUGGGCCACAUCACACAGACGCUGGCCCAGCCGCCCCAGAGCCACAGCCAUGUUAACGGUGCAGCAGUGGGUCAACAGGGUGCCGUUGUGGGAAAGCCCACAGCUGUCGUUGCCCACCAUCACGCGGGUCUCGUGGGGCAGGCCGUGCUUAACCCAGUGACUAUGGUGACCGUACCGCCUUUUCCUGUCAGCACACUAAAGCUAGCAUGAGACACGUUUGUGUGUGUGUGUGCGCGCGCGCGUGUGCGUGUGUGAGAAAGAUCUGUGGCAUGUGAAGAACAUCUGGAUGUUCAGAAGAGCUCGGGACUUUUAUUGAUUUAGCAUUGUGAGCAUGCUUCAUGGCAUGCCUAAUCAUGGAACAGAGUCUCGUCACGUAGACUGAAUGAGAAACACAUGAUUCACUUAAAAUCACAAAACGUGAAAAUGGGUGUCCCGUUUUUCACACUGCGUGAUAGAGGUGCUAGAAACCGCAUCCUUUUCACGCCCUCUCCACCCUUCAGUCAUGUUCCUUGGAUUAGCUAGCGUACUUAAACGUCUCAGGCAUCACUUUCUCAUCCAAUGAAGAAAAAAAUGGUAGAAAUGUAAAACAAAUAUAUAUAUGAAGACAAACAUCAGAGUCAACAAGAAAGCGUGAUUUUGUUGAAAAUAAAAUGAUUCAUGAUUAGGCUGACAUUUAUAUGAUGAUACGGAAAUCUAGAAGUGCCUAACCCAUGGUCUCAGUCUAAUGGCGCCCUCUGCUGCUUAAACAUGGUCCUGCUGAGCUUUUUUCAGAAGGACUGCUCGACUUCUCAACACGUCCUUUUAGCAAUGUCAACCGCAGGCAGCGAUAGUGAUAACGGUAAUGCUCAUGGGCAUGAUAGCUGUGCUUCGAACACGGACUGUGAAGUGAAGUGAAAUGAUAUGACAGGAGAACCCUCCGCAAUCAGGAGAGCACUGAAACGUUCAAAACGACGUCAUCAAGCAGUUAGUCUAGAACGGUGUUUCUUCCAUUGCAAGUGUGUUGCCGAUAUUUCUUCACGAUACCACUAAAUUUUCCGAAGUCUUCUACUGGACAUGCAAUUGAUUCACUUCCGCAGAGAAGCAGUCUGACGGCGCUCCUCUAGUUGUACCUGUUCUAUGGAUGUCAAUAUACUGUAUGUGAGAGCUUGUCCUUGGAUUUCUUCCCUUUUUUUUUCCAUUUUUUUUUUUUAAAGAAAAGCGCCUGAUGCACGGUCGUGUUUUCUUUUUUUAUGUGCGUUAGCUUACUUUUGAGGAGGUGGUAUUCAUUGUAUGAACGUUCCGUCACCACUUUUUUUUUUUUUACUUUCUGUCCAUCGAUGAGAUUUCUACAUGAUGCUAUCUUCCCAACAUCCACGUACCAUGUAACACUCAUGUGACACAUUCCUUGUGUUGCUUCCUUAUGGUACUUUCCUGUUGUUGUAUUAUUUUUUUAAAAUAUUAUUUGCAGUAAUCCUACAAGACAUUUUCUAUUUUACUACAGAAUGAAAAACUCUCUGCUAAAGCGAAUCUGAUGCUCUGAUGUACUGUGUCUCAUUGCUAUGUACUAUCAAAUUUUAACCAGAACACUGUGAUACCCUGCUCUUAAUUUACAGUCCCCACCUCCUUCAAAAGAAAGAAAAUUAUAAAACCAAGCAAGUCUGGUGCUUUGAUUUACACGCCUAGGUGAGAAAGUCAUGUGCUUGCUUAUGUUCACUUUAGAUGUGAAAACUUCUACGACAGGAAGCGUGAAUGAAACUUGCUGUGCUUUAAUAUUUAGUAAAAGAAAAAAGCGCUUAUCCUUUUGUAAAAAAAAAAACAAAUUGUAGUUUUUUUUUUUCUUUUUUUUUCUUAAAGAAAUUGUCAUAUGUAUGUAUGUGUGUGUGUAUAUAUAAAUGUGAUGGAUAUGCACGCAUUCACCUAUACGUGUAUGUAUUUGAGGAUUACACUGUUGCCUGGUUUUGCAUGUAGAUUGCAAUAUUUUUAUUUUUUUAUUUUUUUUUGCUUUGUUUAGCAUUGAUCCCCUCCUUAAUUUUCUUUCUUUCUCUUUUUUUUUUUUUUUUUCCGGGACCAUGUCUAAUACUGUAUGAUGUGGUGGGGACCAUUAGACCUCAUUCUAACAUUGAUAUUAUAUAUACAUAUAUAAAAAUCUGCAUUUUUCCCUAUGGAGAAAGUUUAAGUUAUAUAUCGCCUGUACAUUUUGGGCUGCAUUAAAAAAAUCUAAUUGUCCACCAUGAAAUAAAACGAUAAUAAUGUUGAAAUAUGCUAGAGUAAU